ACUGCGCUGCUCAGCCGUCUGCUUCAGACAAGAGGAACAGCUUCAGCUGCUGCUUCAGUACGCCGAGCGCACAAUAGCCACACGAACAGAACGGGAUCUAUACACGGAUAAACGCUCGAUCGAGUGACUUGGAUUAUUACCGCUUCAUCUUUCUCUAUAUUGUGAUACACUAAUGCUGAUCGGACACCUUAUUGAUCACCAAACGCUAGCGCCAUGAGCGGGGUUCUCAAGAGGAAGUACGAGGAGGUGGAGGAGGACCCGUGCUACUCUUCGUCCUCCCCCUCCUCUCUCUCCUCCUCCGCCUACUCCGAAUGGGACUCGGAUGGUGAGAGCUGCUACUCCGACACCCUGGAUUCAACCCCCAGCAACCCCAGCUCCCCAGCAACGUCCUUAAACACCACAUCUAUCCUGAAGAAAGCCAAGCGCACACGGCGAGGCAACGUGCAGUUCGACCAGGUUACGGUCUUCUUCUUCCCUCGCUGCCAGGGCUUCACCAGCGUGCCCAGCCGGGGAGGUUGCACCCUUGGCAUGGUGCAGAGGCACAGCGCCCAGCGCCGCUACACGCUGGCGGAGUUUGCCGUAGCACAGCGCCACCUUCGGAGAGAGAAACUCAAAAACCGAAUGAGGGAAGAGAAACUGGAAGCUCUCAAGCUGAAGCUUACCAAAAAUGGUACCCAGGAGUCCGAAGAAGCUGAAAAGUUGACUGUCGAUGACAUCCCCGAGGAUGAAAUCGACCUCAGCGGAGUGAACUUGGAUGACGGCUCCUUCCUGCAUCCUUACCCAUCUAAGAGAAGGCUAGCCAUCCUCAAAGCCGCUGGCGUGAAAAAAAUCGAUAAAGAGGAAAAGCGUCAACUGCACGAGCUGCGUACGUCGAGAGAAGACUGCGGAUGUGACUGCCAGGGCUUCUGCGAGCCGGAGAGCUGCAGCUGUAGUUUGGCUGGGAUCAAAUGUCAGAUGGACCACUCAUCCUUUCCAUGCGGCUGCACUAAAGACGGCUGUGGAAACACGCAGGGCCGCAUCGAGUUCAACUCCAGCCGAGUUCAGACCCACUACAUCCACACCAUCAUGAAGCUGGAGCUGGAGAAGCGUUUGGAGGAGCACACACCGGAGAGCGAGUCGCCGCCCGAGGAUCAGCCAGACUGCAGUUCCCCUAGCCACCCAGCAGAGAGCAGCAGCACGCCAGAGACGCCCACAUUUCACUUCAGCUCGGAGCUAGUAUCUGUGGGAGAGAACAGCUGUAGCAGCGACAUGACAGAUUCAUCUAGUUCUUCAGGCCAGAGCGAGGACUCGGAAUCGGCCGAAAAUGCUCAGAGAGAGCAGUCGCCGCUAGACGUCGACGAAAACGGACUCUCAAGAAUCCUAAGCUUUAGCGACACAGACAAUGAGGACUGUUCUAUCAGGGAGUGUAACAACAACCAGCAGAAAAAGAGCGAGUCGAUGGGCUACGGCAUCUUCAGCGCGGCGGACGACAAGUUCAGCGCGUCGCAAAUGGACAACAACCGCACGGCCAUGUCUGAGCUCUUGGACGAGAACGCCAAUCAAGGUAUCGCUCUAUUCCACAAUGGCUCCGUCCCCCACACGCCCUCACCCUCCAUCGAUCACUCGGCCAGCUACAUGGACCUGAGCCUGUCAUCCGAGUCGGACCUGGAGUUCUUUGACGGCUUUCCCUGUCUGGGACCGAGCUCGCUGUACAACUCCCUGAAGGAGUACGAGCACGUGGACAAUUUCUUUCAGUUCCAGUUGCCUACUUACCCCAGCCUUCCGCAGGCGGCCGACCCGGGCACUUGUCUCCUGGAGUCUCUGAUCGGCUUGUCAGAUUCUGUCCCAGAACCUCCGGCCACCUUCACGGACAAUCAAAUGCUAGAAGAUGCCAUGAAGCUGUCAGUGAUGGAGUCUGUAAAAGUCUAAUAGGGGCUCUUGUAUGAUCACUGUACAAAUGAACUAUGGGAUUGUAAAUGAAUGCCAUUUGUUUUUGUUUUCUUUACUUUAUGAAUGGAGACCCUCCAUCCCAGGAUAUCAAUAUUUGCAUUAUCUGCCUUUAAGAUGUUAGCAAAGCAUUAAGUUAUUAUAACGAUCUUUAUUAUCAUUAUUGCCAUCGCAGUGGCAGCUAACAUUUCAGUUCAAAAACGAGUCUGGCCGACUGAUUUUUGAAUAUUUGUACAUAUGGCCAGGAAGGUGAAGAACUUCUCACCCACAUUGGUGGUAUUAUCAACAUUUACCAUUAUUAUUAUUAUUAUUAUUAUUAUUGCUAAGGUUAUUUAUAUGAAUUGAGAAGGGGCACCAAUGGGAGUCAUAAUGCUGAUUAUGUAUCUCAGGGACUUUUUCUAGCUUUCAGAAGCAAUGCAUUUUGACCAUCGCUGUUAUUUGGCGUUUUUCUGAGAAUUUCCACCUAAAUAAACAGCAUUCAGGCCUCUUUUGGAGGGGCUUCUGUCUUGGUCGCUUUUUCGACUUGAGAUGGUGGUCUGUAGUUUUUUUUGCAAAGCUAGAGGAAGGAUUCCUGUUCCACAAAACGGCUCCUUGGGAUUUUCUAACGGUACACAAAUCCCCCAGAGGCUCCUCAGUUAGCACUUUAUCUGUGAAAAAAAUGAACCAAUCAGAGAGCAGAGGGGUCAGUCUCACGCCUGCCCCGUUGUCUCUGAGUCUAAGAUUGUUUUCAUGCCAUUUUAUGGUGUUCGAUCAUCAGCACAAGGUGGAGAAAAGUGAGCGAUUUCCUUUUAAUUUAUUCUACACGCCGCAGAUAUCGUGUAAUAGAACCGCGAUAUCCGUUGACCAUUAUUUCGAAUUGCUUUUAUUUAUUCUUACUGAGUUAUUUAUUUUGUUUUGGGGUUUUUUUUGUUUUUUUUUUCUCCGAAUGCCAGCUGAAUAUUAUCUGAGCCACACUGUGCUCUGGAGAAGUGGAAAUAAAGCAGCUUGUUCACAUUUCCCACCUACAUUAACCUAUGUGAAGCACAUGUUUGUUUCAGCUGUGGAGGAAGGGCACCAACUGCAAAGUAUUUAAUAAUCUAUUCUAUUACUAUGAAGUAACACUUUCGGUUAAAUUAUUUCACGUUUAGCAUUUCAGCAUUAGGACUAUUUAUUCAUGGUUUGGGCAAUAAAGAGAACAAUGUGUUUAACAAAAGAAAGGUUUAGUGUUUGUGCCUGUUAACACGAGGAGCCACUGUCUAAAUAUAUAACAUACCUAUCGAUUAAAAAUCAGAGUUUCCGGCCUGUAAUGUGACCGCCGAUAACGUUGCCUGUGAUAUAGAGAAUUAACAUUUUGUAACUAUGUAGAUUUCAGAGAAUUCUAAUCUGUUUAUUGACAAAUUAUUUUAUUAAGAAAUGAAAUCCACGUUGUUCUUCGAAUAUUGAAACAUUUGUAAUAUAUAAAUAGAGCUAAAUCUAUGCUUGAAAAAAAAAAAAUAUUCUGGACAGGCAUAAAGUGGGUGUUUACUACGAUGUAACUACCUAAACGAAUUUACCUAGCUCAAUUUGAUUGUACUCUGACUGGUUGGUUGAACCCAAAUGACAACACGAAUUGUGGGUAUAAAUUUAGUAGUUUCAAAAACGUUUUGUUGAUUUAAAAACCUGCAUAUAUUAUGCAAACGUGUAUUAUAUUAUGCAAAUUUGUGUUGCCCAUAUUGUUUCCGCUUCACAGUGAAGACAUUUAAGUUUGUAUGUUUCUGAAUGAGCUUUGAGGAAAUGAAUCGAUGUACAUAUCUGACCAUCUAGACUUCAGCUGUCGGCGUAGCCUUAUUUGACCCGAUAGGAGCAUUUGCAUGCAAGACCCAUUCAUUUGUCUCAGUACUACAUGCGUUUAGAGCAAAAAUGCACAAUCAGAAAUGUACUUGCUUUAUUUUUGCCUUCACGUGCUGUUUAGGAUGUGGGCGUGGCUUCACUCAUUUGAGUCCAGCUUAUUAUUCCCUUGUAAAGAUGUAUCACCUCAUCGCGAUGAAAUGGAAAUGAUUGGUAUUUAUUAUAGUCAUGAUUGAUGUAUGUUUUGAUCUCUGAUGCUUUUCAAAGUGUUUCUUACUUCUGCCUUUUUGUUGUAUAUAUUUUCUGCUUCAAUGAAACUAAAGACAAAACCAAGCAGUUCUUUUAUAUUAUAUAUUUUCACGCUUAACAGUUUAAAGCUAUUCAUUUCAUUCAAGUCAUUUGACAGUAGUUUGUCCAUUCAAAAUAAAAGUCCAGCUUUUUCUUACAA